AUGACUUUCAACUCAAAUCUGCUGAUAACUCUUGCACUUAUCAGUGUCUUCCAUGAGUCUAUUCGAACUGCGCAGUCGAGCGGUAGCGAAAGUUCUGCCGGAGGACUUGCUGAAACCAACCUUGAUUCAUAUUCUUCUUGCUCUCGACUUCCUUUAAACAGAAGCUGGAAUCAUUCAUACCGGGAAAAAACAUCAUGCUUAUCAAUUCUGCUCGAUUUCGAGGAGACCGAGAAUCGCAAUUCCGGCCCCUACAAAUUAGUCGAGAACCGGAUGAUCUAUUCCUCGCGAAAACUUGGAAUUACCAAGGUACAUGGUCGUCCCAUAUUAGCGGAUUUUGGGGAAGCACGAUUGUCUUCGCGAACCGGUACUCAGUGGGAGGAUGUACAACCACUGAUAUAUCGAGCCCCGGAAGUUUUAUUGCGGAUACCAUGGAAUCAUAAGCUUGAUAUCUGGAAUUUCGGAGUUCUCGCUUGGGACCUUGUCGAGCAGAGGCAUCUUUUCUAUGCCCGGGAUCCUGAAAAGAAAAGCUCUGACACCCAUCACCUUGCAGAGAUGAUUGCAAUUCUUGGGCCACCGCCAAAAGGCGUGCUUCAAAAAAGCCAGUAUGGGGAUGGAUUUUUUUUGACAUUGACGAGGGGUGCCAUUGAAAUCCCCUCCAUAUCCUUGGAAAACUGGAGGAUAAUCUACAAGGUCCACAGCAAGACCUCUUUCUCUGCUUUAUUCGCAAAAUGCUUCAAUGGCGACCUGAAGAUCGCGCCUCCGCAAAGGAGUUACUUUCAGAUUUGUGUUUGA